GGGCCGCGCCCGCACCAAAGAUGGCGCCACCGCCGCUGCCCUCUACCAAGAUGGCGCCCGGCCGGCUUCCCCCCUUCCGGUCUGCGCCGGAAGGGGCGGUGCCCGCGACGCGGGAGGAGGGGAAGAUGGCGGACAGCACGAAGGGGCGGCCGGCGGCGGCCCCCGGGGGGAAGGCGCUGACGGCGGAGCAGGUGGUGGCCCGGUUCAACCGGCUGCGGCAGGAGCAGCGGGGCCUGGCCUCGAAAGCGGCCGAGCUGGAGCUGGAGCUGAACGAGCACAGCCUGGUGAUCGAGACGCUGCGGGAGGUGGAUCCCACCCGCAAGUGCUACCGCAUGGUGGGCGGCAUCUUGGUGGAGCGAACGGUCAAGGAGGUGCUGCCCGCGCUGGAGAACAACAAGGAGCAGAUCAGCAAAAUCAUCGAGUCUCUGGCGCAGCAGCUGCAGGCCAAGGGCCGGGAGCUGAACGAGUUCCGGGAGAAGCACAACAUCCGCCUGGUGGGGGAGGACGACCCCCGGCAGCCCCCCAAGGAGGGGCCCGAGGGCGCGGGGGCCAAGGGCAGCGCAGCCGGUGUCCUGGUCUCCUAGCCCCCCCCACUCCCGCCCCCCCCCCCCCCCCCCCCCCCCCGCGGUGUCCAGUGCUGCCCCUGCCCCGCUUUUGUUAAAUAAAUGGCUUUUUUGUCCCUUU